AUGUUUGUGAGCCUUGUGUUGCUAUGAGAGACAGAUCGACUGGACAGUCUUGUAUCACUUCAUCUCAUACCUCAUUACUGCACCACACCGGUUGUCUGCUGGGCUAGGAUUCACUGCCCUUCGAACUGCCCUUCGAACUGGUGUCCAGCAGUCUGGUUGUCGACGAUACUUUCGUGGAACCAAAAAUGGCUUCUUUCGACUCGAGGGGCCAUAUUCGAAGAACCGGUGGUCUUGGAUGCUUGUUUCUUGGCAGGCCAUGUCUAAGACGUGGAUAAAACACAUGCCUCAUGAACGAUAUAAAAUGAGUGCUCUUUCCAGUCUGGUUCCCCACAGUCAGAACACUUUGAAUCCCAACAACAGUCACCAUCUCACCAAACAACUCCUAUUACCUAUCAUCAUAUCCACUGAUAUGAUAUUCAUGGAUGGAACGUACUGUCUUCUUUGUGAAAAGUAUUUCUUCGAUAAACAGGAAGAGGCCGAGCUCAUUAUGAAGUCCAAUGCUCAUUUCAAGUGUGGGGGAUGUCGUGGUCGAUUUUUGAAUUGCCGAAUUCUUCGUCGUCCCUGCGCCGUUGUGCUUAAUCAUCACUACUGUGUGCAGUGCAACAAGCACUGCGGUACAGCGGAAGGCUUUCGUGUGCACAUGGAGCAAUUUCAUAGAUUUGACGACGAUGACAAUGACGACGAUCCCUGGGAAGGAGUGGACACCGAUGACAGUAAUGACGAGUCCUGGGAAAGAGUGGAACACAAUGACAGUGCCGAUGACUCCUGGGAAGAAGUGGGUGACUAUGAUGACCUUGAUGGUGGUCGGGUGGAUGAGAGGGCUGAAGAUGAGGUGUCUGAACCAGGAAAUGAGCCCCUCGAUACAUCAUGGGAAGACACCGAGGACGACUUUUUCGGACCAGAGCGCCUCAGGCUGCCGCUGCCAACUCUGAGUUGGUUCUUCAUCCCCUCAUCCUUGGGCCUGACUCGACCCAUUCAGAAUGAUGGGGCAGCCGACGAUGCAGAGGGGAGCGAUGAAGAAGACCUUGAAGAGAGGUCUCACUCCUCGUGGUUGAUGGACCAGCAAGAGCACACGGUGCGCGGUGCAGCUCCGUGUCGACAUGUGUAUUCUGUAAUCUGCAUUCGCGCUGCGCUGAAAUUUACAGAGGCGUGUCCCGUCUACGAGGGACGAGUCACCAAGGUCCAGCUCCGGAAGAUGUAUAUCUGCCCGGCGUGACGAAAACAGAAUGGGUCGGUGGUGUCGCACGAGGUCAUCGAGCUGAUCUACCAAUAUCCAUCAUCGCCCAUGCUGUCAUCU